CAUCAUCGUUCAUUGGGUAACGUGUAUUCAUUCCAUCCAAUGGCGGGCGUCCAAUACAAAAUCCCCGCGAAAUUUCUUCUCUGCCAGCGGAACGGGUGGAGAGAAACAGCUGUAGCGUCUCUGAUCAGCUGCUUCACCGAACUGUAGGAAUAACGUGUUCUGAGGCACGGAGAUCAAGAGCCAGUGACGGGCAUCGAACUGACGGACUUGCAGCCGGCAUGUUGCGUGCCGCGAGGGCUCUCGAGCCACUCCGCAGGCAGUUUGGCCUCUGAACGUGAAUGUAAAUGUGCCAUCAUCGUACAUGAGCCCGUCGCCGUCGCCUGACGAGAUGGUGAUCCAGCAGAGGGGGCGCCGUCGCAUGCCGGUGACCUGGAGUCCCGAUUUGGAUGCCGCCAAGCAGCAGCACCACCAGCACACCCCUGUUAAGAGCAGUCCGGCAAAGAACAACUCCAAUGGCUCUGGAAUCGUUCUGCGCAGUACUCCUCGAAAAAGGCUCCUGCUGGAUGCAUCCGUCAAGGACCCGUUCACCACUCCAGAGAAAGUGCGACGGCUGUCGCCGAGCAAGGUGUCCCCAAACAGCAAGAAGGCAGCACGCGUGGAGCGGCUGGCCACGCCUUUGGAGGGGCCAUUAGAUCUGGCCCUGUUGGCUCUGUCACCGCAACAGCUGGUGGACAUCGUGCAGCAACUCAUGGUCAAGCAUCAGUUCCUCGAGCAGGACGUGAAGGAAUUGCUGCCAGUACCUGACAUUCGGCCUCUGGAAGAUCGCCUCAGCGAGCUUAGAAAGAAUAUCUACAAAUCACUUCCCAACUCUCGCCUCACCUCCAAGACUGACUCGCCGGCUUUCAACAGAGUUGCUACUCAUUUGUCAGUCUUCAAAAAGUGCCUAUUAGAUCAGUUACGCCAGCUGACCAGCUCUCAGAACUGGGGAGCUGUGCUGGAGUAUGUCCUGACUGCGUGGACAUACGUGCGUGCCACACCCCUGUGGGACAAUCCUCCACACAACAAUUGCCGUCGUGCCUGCUUCAAGUCCCUGACUGCCUCGUGCUUGAGUGCCUUGAAACGUGGAGGGCCAUGGUCGCUGAGGCAGCUGGAGCACAUUGAGACAAAGUUGGAAAGUAUGGCUGCAGAUAGUGAAGACAUUCAAGCCUGUAUUAAGCAUCUUGCAAUUCUCAAGAAGUAAUGGAAACACAGAAAUAGUUUUUAUUCCUUGCUGCCGCAAACUAGUUUUUAAAAUUGUUGAAUUCUUUUAGAGAAUAUUUUGUAGCAAGAGUUUUAGGAUAUGACAUGGUAAUAUGUGCUGUAUGGCUGUGUUCAGCACUUUAAACACAAAUUUAAGGAAGAAAAUCAGCAGACUGAUGGUUUUACCAACCUGCAAAGGACCUGGAAUUUUUUAAUUACCCCCUUCUCUUUUUUUAUGUGCUAGGAAAGAUUUCAGUUACCGAAUGUGUGUGUUUAGAAUGUUUAUUUUAAUGGUAUCAUUAUCAUUAAUUUAAAUCUUUGUACAUUAGUUUGCGGUUAGCUUAUUAGUCAAUUGUUGCAAAUGGCUGUAAGUCUUAUAUUAAGAAACCUAACCACUGUCAUGUGGUUUAAAAUAGUACAAACCAAACAACGAGAGAAUUUGGAAAUGCUUCUCUAAAGAAUAUUAAUUGUAUGAAGUUGAGAUUUAGUGUUUGUUAUUGAGAAUAAUGUUUCUGUUUUGUCAUCGAGUAACUUAACUAAGCCUCUGGAGAAUUUGAAGAUGUAGUUUUGUAUGGUUUCAAGAUCAAAUUGAAAUUCAGUGAUUUGCAAAUGAUCUUCAGAAUGUAAUAUACAAGGCUAACUGAAUGAAUUUAAAAUAUCGAGAGAAAAAAUUGUUAGCAAGACAUGUUUUUUGUUGUUGGUUUUUUUGUGCCAGAAGCUUUUUGAAUAUUAUUGCAAUAAUUUUUGACUGAUGUGUAAGCAUUCCUUUUGAUAUGGCAUUAUGUAUUGCAUUGGAGUUUAAUGUAUGUUGGAUGAAAAUAUUACUGUGAAACGUAUUGUUAAAUAUUUUAAAUUAUAACAUUGUCUUGUUUACUUUAGGUUAAUAAUUGUGAAGUAUGAAAUGAUUAUUUGUCAAUUUGUUCUAAUGGUAAAAGCUGAAAGGAUAAAAAUAACUUGUGUAGAGGUGGUAAGUAAAGUACAGUUAUGUAAAAUAAAACAAAAGUUUUUGCUUGAUAUACAGUAUGGUAAUUAACUUAUCUACACCAAAGAGCUGUGUGAUGAGUUUGUUGAUGCUUGCGGGGUAAAUGGAAAAGCUCCCUGAUUGUGUACCAACUGGUGUAAGAUGAAAAUGUAUAUUUUGGUAUUGUUCUUGGUGUAAAAAUGAAUUUUUGAAUGAACAUGUUUUCUGUGUCUUGUAUCCAAAAGAAUGGUUUAAUAAAAAUUAGUCCAAUUUCAUAA